UAUUCCGAGAUGGUGACUGGGGGAGGCUUCACGUAGACGACGAAAAUCCGCCCGCACGCGACGACAAAAACUCGGAUUUACGGAGCUCACCUUCGAGCUCAGGUGUCCCGGUGAAGGUGUUUCCUACCUGCGGCCCCUCCCGCCUCGUGUCUCCCGCCGCUGUCCGGUAGUUGUGUGCGGUCCGCGCGGCUCUCGGUGCUCGGAUGACGGCGCAGGUAGAUUACCUGGCGGUGCUGCUCGCCGCCACAUCUGGCGCGAGCGGAGAGCUGCUGGGCUCCGACGAGAAGGAGCUCGUGCGCCUGGUGUGGCAGCUCGUGGACGUGAAGAACAAAAAGUUGGGCAAGCUGAAUGAGCUCCUCAUUAAGCCUGACCUCGCAGACCUGACGGAGGAGAAGGAGGAGGAGGAGGAGGAUGAUGUGGUGGAGGAACACGAGGAAGAGGAGAACAGAUCCGGAGCUGACAGCGUCUCCACGACGACGAGUGUUGACACAGCUUUGAACCUGUUUCAUCUACACCUGACAAACGAGGUGAACAGCGCGGGCGCAGGCACGUCGGUGUGUUUGUGUACCGACGGGCAACUUCACAUCCGCCAAGUGAUUCACCCCGAAGCCGCGAGCAAGAACAUCCUGGUCCCAGACUGUUUCUACUCUUUCUUCGACCUUCGGAAGGAGUUCAAGAAACACUUCACCACUUCUGACCUCAAGGUUCUGAAUGCACUCGUCAUGGCAGAGUCUCUCAGUUUACCUGUCGACGGGUCCAACAUGUGGGAUCCUUCGGCCUCGGAGGAUCCAUCGGCCGUGUUGCCUGCAGAAGCUGCCGUGCAGCAGGUCCAGCUUAUGGCCAGCAUUGUCCUCGCGCUGCUUUCUGAUCCAUUCAACCACACGUUUUCCAACCCGGAGAGAGUCAGCGAGAAGUUCGAGAGCGGCACUUGCAGUAAGAUGGAGAAAGUGUGCGACAACACUGUGAUUAGAGCCAGAGGGUUGCCGUGGCAGUCGUCUGACCAGGACAUCGCUCGCUUCUUCAGAGGCCUCAACAUCGCCAAAGGAGGAGCUGCGUUGUGUCUCAAUGCUCAGGGGAGAAGAAACGGUGAAGCUCUCGUUCGUUUUGUCAGUGAAGAACACCGAGACUUGGCGCUGCAGAGACACAAACACCAUAUGGGCAACAGAUACAUAGAGGUUUAUAAAGCAACAGGAGAGGAUUUCCUCAAGAUAGCAGGAGGUACCUCCAAUGAGGUUGCCAUGUUUCUGUCCCGUGAGGAUCAGAUCAUCGUGAGGAUGCGAGGCCUCCCUUUCACCGCCACACCUGAGCAGGUCCUCGCCUUCUUCUGUCCGGGGGACGGCGUUAAAGAGAUGUGUCCGGUCAGCGGCGGGAAAGACGGAAUUCUGUUUGUCCGCUACCCGGACGGGCGACCCACCGGCGACGCUUUCGUUUUAUUUGCCUGCGAGGAGCAUGCUCAGUGCGCUCUGAAGAAACACAAGGAGAUCCUGGGGAAGAGAUAUAUCGAGCUGUUUAAAAGCACCGCAGCAGAAGUACAACAGGUGCUGAACCGGUACUCGUCGGCCCCUCUGAUCCCCAUUGCCCCUGCCCCCCUGGUGUCCAUGCUGCCCACCAUGUCUCUCCUGCCCCCUCCUGGCAGUGUCAGGGACUGCCUGAGGCUCCGUGGACUGCCUUACACAGCGAGCAUCGAGGACAUCCUCACCUUCCUGGGCGAGUUUACACACGAUAUCAGACCGCAUGGUGUGCACAUGGUCCUCAACCAGCAGGGGCGUCCAUCAGGCGACUGCUUCAUCCAGAUGACCUCGGCCGAGCGGGCGCUUCAGGCCUCUCAGCGGCUGCACAAACACAUGAUGUCCAGCCAGCGAAGCGCCAACAGCCGCUACGUGGAGGUGUUUCCCUGCAGCGCCGAGGAGAUGGGCCUGGUUCUGAUGGGGGGCUCGCUGUCACACACGCACACACACACACACACCCGGAGCAGGAGUGGGACAGGGCUCAGCCCGCCGCCAUGUAAGUCCAGACGUUUAUCUCCACCGUCCUACUCCUUCACCCCUGCUCCAGCCGUCCUGCCCACCGAGGCUGCUGCUCUUUACCCUCCCAUUGGACAGAUGUUACUGACCCCCCGCCCCCUGCCUCCAGGUCACGCCUACUACCCCGCCUCCGCCCAGCUAUACAUGAACUACACAGCGUACUACCCCAGCCCACCUGGCUCGCCCACCACCUUAGGUUUCUUCCCUUCCCCCUCCUCGCUGUCUUCCCCGGGCGGUUUGGUGCGAAUGCCCGGUCUGACCUACAACGGUAACGGAGUCAAGGACCUCAUUAGCGCCAUGCAGGGAUACCAGUACGCUCCCGAGGAUGCCCUCAUGCACGCCCACGGGCCCGUGCACGCUCACGACCCGGCCAGGACAUUGCUUACGCAGCCCAAAGAAUGGGGUCCGGCCGAGUCCGUUUCUCUCCUGAGCAGCAGUCUGAUCGGUCAGUCCAGCGGAGGAGAAGCUCCUCUCAUGUCCCUCCCAGCUCUCGUCACCAAACCUGGGGCUCAAUACCUGGACCUGACCCUGCUGUAGGGUCCCACACAUCCACACAGGACACACAGACCUGUUAGUUUUUUUUACAAAUAGUCUUUUAGAUGUGUUAUUUAUAUCUUUAGCAACAGAAAUUAAUGUAUUUUAUACCAAAUUCCUCAUGGCCUUAGCCAAAAUAUAAUAGCAGUUUUGUGUUAUAUUGCACAGAGUGUAUUUUAAAAGCUUUAUAGAGAUUUUUUUUUAAACAUGUUAUGAACCAUUAUGAUAUAUUUGCUAGCCAAACUAGAGAAGAACGCCCUUGUAGCAACUGAGCUAAAAUUCUUUUCUUUAAGCUUUUCUGUGAAGAGUGAAAGUGAGCGUGAAAGAUUUGAUGAGCUUUUCUGUUGAUGCAUCUUAUUGUGUUUAUAUACAUUUGAUACACAGUGAUUGUAUUGGAAGCUUUAGUGCAUGAAGAAGUUAGUAGUGAAACUCUGAGAUGUUUACAGAAUGCCAAAUGUCAAUGCACUGCUAAUCAAUAAGACGACUACUGAAUAUUAUAGCAGUAUCUUUGGAUGUUAAAUGUAUGUUACACCCUCUUUCCUUCCUUAUUCGCCCUGAGUGGGUGUUUCCAUUGUUGUGUUACGCCAAGUUCUUAACCAUCACUUACUCGCUGGGUGAAUCUCAGGAGUUAGAGGUGGUUUUUCUGCAUAUUUUACAUCAGAUUUCACAGUUUUUUUGUCUUCUUUUCACCACAUCAAAGAAUACAACCGAACAAACAGGUUUCUCCGCAGAAAUCUGUUCAUUUAUGUGUAGAUUUUAUGCAAAGCUGAAAAAGGAAAAUCAAAUCACCAUUUGUGCCUGCAAACUUGCUGUCCUGUAGUAACGGGACGUCCUGCUGCAUACAAAAGACCCGCAAUAAAGAGAACAUGUGAAGUU